AUGGCUGCCCCUACGCCAGUGGCGGCUCCAGCGAAGCAGCGUCGCAUCGCAGUGCUAACUAGCGGGGGAGAUGCGCCUGGAAUGAACGGGGCCGUGAGAGCAGUCAUCCGCAUGUCGAUUCACUGUGGCUGCGAGGCUUACGCUGUCCACGAAGGGUACGAUGGCCUGGUGCAGGGAGGUGACUACUUCAAGCGGAUGUACUGGGAAGAUGUCCGGGGAUGGCUGUCUCGUGGCGGAACGUUGAUCGGGUCGGCUAGGUGCAAGAGCUUUAGAGACCGCGAGGGCAGACUAAAGGCUGCUAAGAACAUGGUCACUCGCGGGAUCGAUGCCCUUAUUGUCUGUGGUGGUGACGGCUCGCUGACCGGAGCAGAUAUCUUUCGUUCCGAGUGGCCCGGCCUGCUGGAAGAGCUGGUAGAGAAGGGAGAGCUCACCUUGGAACAGGUCGAGCCCUUCAAGUCGUUGAAUAUCGUUGGACUGGUGGGCUCGAUCGAUAAUGACAUGUCCCUAACCGAUGCUACUAUCGGCUGUUACUCGUCCCUGCAUCGGAUCUGUGAAGCUGUAGAUGAGGUCUUUGACACCGCCUCGUCCCACCAACGAGGUUUCGUUAUCGAGGUCAUGGGUAGACAUUGCGGAUGGUUGGCAUUGAUGGCUGCUAUCAGCACUGGAGCGGACUGGCUGUUCAUUCCCGAGAUGCCUCCUAGAGACGGCUGGGAGGAUGACAUGUGUGAUAUUAUCACUCAGAACCGACGAAGAGGCAAACGACGAACUAUUGUUAUCAUCGCUGAGGGCGCACAGGACAGCAACCUUGAAAAGAUCACGUCCAAUAAGGUCAAGGAUAUCCUGAGUGACCGGCUGCAGCUAGACACCCGAGUCACCGUUUUGGGACAUACACAGCGCGGAGGCGCAGCUUGUGCCUAUGACCGAUGGUUAGCUACACUUCAGGGCAUUGAAGCCGUCAAGGCCGUCCUGGAGGCCAAACCGGGUUCUCCUUCUCCAAUGAUCACUAUCAGAGAGAACAAAAUCGAAAGGACUUCCCUGAUAGAGGCUGUAAGGGUAACGAAAAGCGUGUCAGAGUCCAUAGCAAAGAAGGACUUUGCUACCGCUAUGGCGCUGCGAGAUUCCGAAUUCAUGGCUCUCCACAGGGCAUAUAUCAAUACUACCACGCCACAUCACCCAAAGCUGCUACUUCCAGAGGCGAAGAGAAUGCGUAUCGCUAUUAUCCAUGUCGGAGCUCCGGCGGGUGGAAUGAACCCUGCUACUCGAGGCGCCGUAGCAUACUGCCUGGCUCGUGGCCACACGCCCAUUGGAAUAUACAAUGGCUUCCCGGGUCUCUGUCGACACCACGAUGACAAACCCUUGGGCUCAGUAAGAGAAGUCAAAUGGCUUGAGUCGGACUCGUGGGUCAACGAGGGUGGCUCAGAAAUUGGUACUAACCGCGGUCUCCCCUCAGAGGACAUGGAAACGACUGCAAAAUGCUUUGAGCUCUAUAAAUUUGAUGCAUUGUUCGUUAUUGGAGGAUUCGAGGCAUUUACUGCCGUAAGCCAACUGCGAAAGGCAAGGAAGGACUACGAUGCGUUCAAGAUCCCUAUUGUCCAGCUACCGGCUACCAUCUCCAACAACGUCCCCGGAACAGAAUACUCCCUAGGCAGCGACACCUGUCUCAACACGCUAGUCAACUUCUGCGAUGUCAUUAGACAGUCGGCUUCCUCUUCUCGUCGGCGAGUGUUUGUAAUUGAGACGCAAGGUGGGCGAUCCGGGUACAUUGCCACCAUGGCUGGUCUAUCUGUCGGGGCGUACGCAGUUUAUAUCCCCGAAGAAGGCAUCAACAUCAAUAUGCUUGCCCACGACAUCGAGAAUCUACGACAAAGCUUCGCUACUGACCGCGGCGCCAACCACGCCGGCAAGAUCAUCCUACGCAACGAGCGUGCCUCCGCGACAUACACCACCCAAGUGAUUGCUGACAUGAUUAAGGAAGAAGCGAAGGGACGCUUCGAAUCCCGCUCUGCAGUCCCAGGCCACUUUCAGCAGGGCGGAAAACCUUCGCCCAUGGACCGUAUUCGUGCCCUUCGCAUGUCUCUCAAAUGCAUCCAGCAUUUUGAAGAGUACGCUGGUAAGAGCCGUGACGAGAUCGCAGCCGACGACAUGUCCACCGUUGUCAUUGGUAUCCGAGGUAGUGAGGUAGUCUUCACUCCCCUGGGAGGUAAAUAUGGCCUGGAAGAGACGGACACCGACUGGGAGCAUCGACGCCCCAAGAACGAAUUCUGGCUCAGUUUGCGGGGAAUGGUUGAUACUCUGAGCGGCCGGCCCAAUGGCAACCAGAAGAUGAAUGACGCAUGA